AUGAUCAAUCAUGAAAAUUUCAUGAAAUUGACGGAACGAACACGAAGUCAAAUUUUGGACAGAUUUUGUUCUGGAUGGGCUGUUGGAGGAAUGAAUCCAACAAAACGUUUAAGUCGAUUGUUAACAAUGGAAGAUACUGACGGGAACACAGCUGCUAAGCAAGACAAAAAAUUGUCAACAUUUAUGGAGAUCGAUUCUCAAGCAGCUUUUGGUAGUUUGGAAGAGAUAAACUAA